AUGAAUCGAAAACUAUGGUUUCUUUUUGCUGUUGCCAUAUUCACGGUUUGCUUGAUAUUCGUUAACGCUGAUGAAGAUCCGCUGAAAGUACAGGAUGAUUCCGCCUAUCAAGGAUUUACGUCUGAUGGAUCCGAGAGCUCGAAAGCAGAGACUUAUGAAUUUCAGACAGAAGUGAGUAGAUUGAUGAAGAUUAUAAUAAAUUCUCUGUAUAAAACGCGGGAAAUAUUUCUUCGUGAAUUAACAUCAAACGCUUCCGAUGCAAUCGACAAAAUUCGCUUCCUGUCGCUCACCGAUCCCAAUGCACUUUCGUCAAAUCCCAACUUGAACAUAACAGUAAAAGCCGACCCAAUUAAUCGUAUCCUAACUAUUCGGGAUUCGGGAAUCGGAAUGACAAAGAAACAUCUAAAGGAAAACCUCGGGACUAUAGCUAAAUCGGGUACAUCUGAGUUUCUAGACGCGAUGGAGAAGGGAAAAGCAGAUAUGAACUUGAUCGGCCAAUUCGGUGUCGGGUUUUAUUCCGUAUUCUUAGUAGCCGAUCGAGUCGUUGUUACGAGCAAGCAUAAUGAUGAUAAACAAUACAUUUGGGAGAGUAAAGCUGUGAAUGACUUUUCUAUUACAGAAGAUCCAAGAGGAAAUACACUUGGAAGAGGCACAGAGAUUAAGUUAUACAUCAAAGAGGAUGGCUCCGAGUAUUUGGAAGAGAAGCGGUUACAAACUUUGAUCAAAAAAUAUUCCGAGUUUAUAAAUUUUCCGAUUUAUUUGAACGUGCACCGAACAGAAGUUGUAGAAGUUGAUGAUGAGGAAGAUGAUAAAUCUGCAGACACAAAGGAAAAAGAGGAAGAUGAUAAAUCUGCAGACACAAAAGAUAAAAAGGAAGACGAAAGCGAUAAAGGGGACCUCGAGGUGGAAGAUGUGACGGAUAAGGCAGAAAGUAAACCAAAAAAGAAGACAAAGGAAGUCGUAGUAGAAGAAUGGGAACGAAUGAAUACUCAAAAGCCUAUCUGGACUCGAGAUCCUAAGAACGUUACCGAUAAAGAGUACGAAGAAUUUUACUACUCCCUUGUUAAAGACGAAGGUUCCACACCCCUAGCAUGGAUUCAUUUUAAGGCUGAAGGUGAGGUAGACUUCCGUUCGAUUGUUUAUAUUCCAGGGAAAGCGCCAGCAGACAUGUUCAAAAAAGUUCAAGACUACUCUCGGAAUAUCAAGUUGUUUGUCAAGCGAGUUUUUAUCACCGACGAGUUUCUCGAUUUUAUCCCAAAAUAUCUCCAAUUUAUUCGUGCCAUCAUUGACGCCGAUGACAUUCCUCUUAAUGUAUCUCGCGAAACACUCCAACAACACAAGACACUUCAAUUGAUAAGAAGGCGAAUCGUCAAGAAAAUACUUGAAUUAAUUGCCAACUUGUCACGGGAUAAAGAAAAAUAUGCUACCUUUAUGAAAGAAUUCGGGACAAGUCUCAAACUUGGUGCUAUCGAGGAUAAUAGAAAUAGAAAAAAAGUCGCCAAGCUUUUGAGAUUCCCUACUUCAGCGGAAAAUCUUAACGCGACAUCUCUGGAUGAUUACAUUGGAAGAUUGAAAAAAGGACAAGAUUCUAUCUAUUUUGUGACAUGUACGUCCGUCGAAGAGUGUCAACAGAGUCCGUUCCUGGAAAGACUGGUUGCCAGGGGAUAUGAAGUGUUGUACAUGACCGAGCCGAUAGAUGAGAUUUUAGUACAACAUAUGCCUGCGUAUGAAGAGAAGAUGUUCCAAAACAUUGCAAAGGGCGAUUUGAAGUUUGGUGAUGAAACCGACGAUUCAAAAAAAGAAAAGGAAUUAUUAAAAGAAAAGUUCUCUGUAUUGGUGAGCGAACUGAAGAACACGCUAGCGGAAUUUGUUGAUCAAGUCGACGUCUCGAACCGGUUGACGGUAUCUCCAUGCGCAGUCAUUGCACACGAAUAUGGAUGGACGGGUAACAUGCACAAAAUCAUGUCUGCCCAAGCAUACAAGCAAGAAGACGACUUUAUGUCCAGGUUUUAUGCAAAUCAAAAGAAAAUCUUAGAGAUCAAUCCAAAUCAUCCAUUGAUUUUGGGUCUGUUGGAGAAAGCUAAAUCGGGUUUUGACGAUACAACUAAGGAAAUGGUUCAUGUCCUGUAUGAGACAAAUCUUAUCAGGUCAGGGUAUCAAUUGAAAGAUAAUAUAAAAUAUGCAUCCCGGGUUGAGAAAGUAUUACGCGAAAACUUGGGUGUCGACGUUGAGGCAAAGGCCGUCGUUAACGAGGAACCAGCCCCUGAAUUAGAUGAAGAAGAAAAAAAGAAGUUAGAGGCAGAACUGUCAAAGGACGAGGAGUUUGAGUUAGAUGAAGACGAGCCUUCCAAACACGUUGAAGAUGAGCCUUCCAAACACGUUGAAGAUGAGCCUUCCAAACACGUUAAAGAUGAACUUUAG